AUAUUCCCUAUCUGCGUGGGGCUUCUCUCUAAAAGGAUAAGACUCACUCUCACCUCGCUGAGACUUCGAAAGCUUCAAACUUUCACACAAAAAGCUUCUCUCGACCUUCAAUGGCGCUGGGGUUUCAUCUGAAUUAGAACCUCUCUCGCCGACUACCUACCAGUUAAAAUGAACUUCUCGGUAACUUUUCGAGGGAAUUUUGUUCCCUUAUCGCAGUGCAGCUCUUGCUGCGAUCUUCGUUUUCAGCCUUACUUCGCUUCCGAAACUGGUUCAUGGAGGAAACGGCACCGUCACAGAAGCAGCUUGAAGCUCCAGGUUUCAAGAAUUUUGAGGAAGCGAGAGGUUGUUUGUAGAGUGAGUGAGACGGAGACCGAACCGGAUAGCAAUAACGAUGAGGAAAAAGGACAUGGAAAUGAAGGGGGAGAUUGUGAUGCUGCCGUCCAUCACGAUUCGCAGCCGGUAGUUGCAGACCAAGCAAACAAUGAUGCCGAAACUAAGGCUCAAUUUGGGGUCCAGGAGGCUGAAAAUGUAGAAGUUUCAAGUGGAUCGCCUCUUCCAGGUGUGAAGCCACAACUGGGUGAAUCCAUGCGGAUUCCAAAGGAAACAGUCGAUAUUCUGAAGAACCAAGUUUUCGGCUUUGAUACCUUUUUCGUGACAGGCCAGGAUCCAUAUGAGAGUGGAGUAUUGUUUAAAGGAAACCUGCGAGGAGUGCCAGCUAAAAGUUACGAAAAGAUAUCAAAGAGACUGCAGGAAAAGUUUGGGGAUGAAUAUAAGCUUUUCCUCCUAGUCAAUCCUGAGGAUGAUCAACCGGUGGCAGUUGUAGUUCCACAAAGGAUAUUACAGCCAGAGUCAACUGCCGUCCCAGAGUGGUUUGCAGCUGGUGCUUUUGGAUUGGUCACAUUGUUUACCCUACUUCUUCGAAAUGUUCCUGAAUUGCAGUCCAAUUUACUGUCAGCUUUUGAUAAUCCUGAGCUGUUGAAGAAUGGUUUACCUGGAGCCCUUGUGACUGCAGCUGUUUUGGGCGUGCAUGAACUCGGCCAUGUUUUAGUUGCAAAUAGCACUGGAGUUGUGCUUGGAGUGCCAUACUUUAUCCCCAGUUGGCAGAUAGGCUCUUUCGGUACAAUUACAAGAAUUGUGAAUAUUGUACCCAAGCGUGAAAAUCUUCUGAAAGUUGCGGCGGCAGGACCCUUGGCUGGAUUUUCCUUGGGAUUUGUCCUGCUGCUUUUAGGAUUCUUCUUACCACCUAGCGAUGGCAUUGGUGUUGUUGUCGACGCUUCUGUAUUUCACGAGUCUUUUCUUAUUGGGGGUACUGCAAAGCUUCUUGUCGGUGACGCGCUAAAGGAAGGCACUCCCAUAUCUCUUAACCCUCUCUUGUUAUGGGCGUGGGCUGGACUCGUUAUCAACGCUAUUAACAGCAUUCCGGCUGGAGAGCUUGACGGGGGCAGAAUUUCGUUUGCCAUUUGGGGAAGAAAGGCUGCAACUCGCAUCACGGGUGCUUCAAUCGCGCUGCUCGGAUUAUCAUCCCUGGUCAGUGACGUUGCAUUUUAUUGGGUAGUUUUGAUAUUCAUCUUACAGAGAGGGCCGAUUGCUCCACUCUACGAGGAGAUCACAGAUCCUGACGACAAGUACGUUGGCCUCGGCGUAUUAGUUUUGUUCUUGGGAUUGCUGGUAUGCUUACCAUACCCCUUUCCCUUCGUAGACGAAAUCAUGACAAGUUUCUAAGGGAAGCGGCUCAUGCAUACAUACUGGAAUCAGAUACUAGUCGAUACAUACGUCGUCGUUCAAUAGCAUGGAUUGUUCACCAUAUAUGAAUAACAAUCUGCCGGCAUAUUUCUAUUAAUAAAAAUGAAGUUAUUUUUUA